AUGGGUGAACUGCCGAGUCAUUCGUGCCGCUUGUCCCCACACCAAGCAAUGUCACUGGGCAACCACUAUUGCUCUCGCGACUACGGCUCCAGCGCGUCCAACUCGAACAGCUACCACUACUCCAACACCAAUGGCUCCUAUUACUACUCCAACCCUAAUGGAAGCACCUACUACAACAGCGGAUCGGGAAGCUCAACUUACACUGCCCCCUCUGGAGGGUCCGGUGGAUCCGGCAAGAAAUAA